CGUACAGGGAGUGCACACACGCCCACGACAUAAAUUAAGGGUACCCCACCUUCCAUGUGCACACAGACAUUCACCGGUGCCGCACACACAUCCACACCCUCCCCCUCUCUGAUUUUGCCAAUCAGGGCUCUGUUUUGAUGGCGUGUGCCGCGUCAGUGUCGUUUCUCCUCAGCCGAUCGAUGGCAGACAGAGCCAAAUAGGGAUGCAAGGCGGCUGUGCACACACAUAUGUGGCGCACAUACACAGAGAGGGGGGGGAGAGAUGAAUAGCCGUGUGCAUAUGUGUGUGUGUGUGUGUGUGUGAUGUGUGUGCGUACCACCAAGGUCGAGGACUCUCUCAUCGAUGGCGAAUUUUGGGUUGUGAACGGUGACCGAUGUGCACGGCUGACCUGCGACACCCUCGCCGUCACUGCACACCCACACAUGCGCAGCAAGGCAGCAUUACCAGCCCAUAUUCGUUCGAGUUUCGUCUGUGUAUCUGCCUGCCCUGCGUGCCGACCCCUGGCCAAGGAGGACAAAAAGUCCGGGCACACUCUCAGCAAAGAAGGCAAAAUCCUGACACACACACACAGACAAGCACAGCGCAGAACAGCCUUCUUGGUGAAUGAACGCUGUGUCGACAGUCACAUCGAUGCCACAUCGAUCCAUCCAUCCAUCCAUCUCUCUCCCUCUGUGUGUGCCUCUGUGUGUGUGAAGGCAAGUACCUCUCCGCCCAUUGUGGGCGGCACCUCACUGACGGCCAGUGGGAGGUCCAUCGCAUCGACCGGCAGGGACCGCUGCGCCUCAGACAUCACCUGCACAACACACACACACACACACACACAUGCAUACACAGACAGACACGUGUGUCUGUCUGUCUGUGCGCAUCGAUGCACACGCACCUGCUUGAACCACUGCCACAGCUGGCCGUCGUUGACGGUCGCCGGGUAAAAGUCCUUCGAGAAACCCACUGUGCACAAAACACACACACACACACAUAUAGGAAUACACACACGUGGACGAGCGGAGGACACACCAGUGACGUUGAGCCGGUGCGCGUUGGCGACAGACUCUGCCAUGGUCUGUAUCCUCUCGCGCAGGUCAAUGAUGGACGCAGACGACAAAGACCGGGUGGUGCCUGAGUGAACACCACAUUGCAUCUGAUGUGGCCAUCCUUGCCGUGUCUGUGUGUGUGUGUGCAGGCUGACCACCUUGUAUGACGGCAGUGGAGGGAAUCACAUUGUAGGCGUUCGACGUGGCCUGCAGGGCCCAUCCAUCCAUCCAUCCACACAAAUGCAUCACGUCUUGACUGACCCACCUGGAGCACUGUCACGGAGACCACUUUCGCGUUGAGAGGGUCCUCUUCCCUCGACACAAGCGUCUGCAGUGCCGUCGCCAGCUGAGCGGCUACACACACAUGAACACACACACACACACACACAGAGAGAGAGAGAGAGAGAGCUAAGCGCAUAUCGAUCUCCACUCACGCAGACAAACAUGUCUGUGUGUACGUGUGUGUGGGCAGCCAUGUGAUGUGCAUCGAUCGCACCGGCAGGCACUGGGUCGAUGGCGAGGUGGGGCAUGGCCGCGUGGCCGCCGCGGCCAUAUAAGGUGAUGUCGAAUCUGUGCCAGAGGUACACACACAUACAAACGCACAGGCGAAAAGGCGCUUGUGUACUUGUGGUUUGUGGGCGUACAUGUCAGUUGCGGCCAGCAGAGGGCCGGCGCGGGCCGCCAGAGUGCCCUGAAGACACAGACUCAUCACUCAUGGUGUGUGUGUGUGCGCGUGUGUGUCUUGUCAGGAGUGCGUACGCUGCGCUGCAUUGGCCAGAUAUGGAAGCCGACUAUCUCCUGCACUGUAGGGUACUGCGUCAACACGCCCUGCACACGCACAGACAUACACACACGCAACACGCAUAUCGCCACUUUGUGUACGUGUGUGUGUACCUCUUCCCUCAUCAUUUUGGCCCCUGCGCCGCCCUCCUCUACACACACACACACACACACACACACACACAGGUAUAUGGAUGCAGUGCAAAGGUGUGCAGGCAGGUGACACCUGCCGGCUGAAAGAUCAGGCGAACGGUUCCCUGGAAGCACAGCACAGACGCAUGCAGUUAAGCAUCCAUCCAUCCACCGAUGGUCCUGCCGAUGUGAUGUGUGCAUCACACCUGUAUGUCCUUCUCUCUCCGCUUGAGUAUCUUGGCGGCGGCCAGGAGCAUCGUCGUGUGCCCAUCGUGGCCACACGCAUGCCUACACACACACACACACACACUUAGCUAAGUCACACGUGCGUGUGUGUACGAGCAUCAAACUCACAUGCGCCCAUCGUGGGUCGAUCUGAAAUCUGCAAGCACACACACACACAGAGAAGGCGAGAAGCUGGCCUUGACUGUGUGGGACGUAUGUGUGUGUGAGAUGUGUCUGUGCGCACCGACGGGGGUCUCUUCGUGGAUGGGCAGCGCAUCAAUGUCCGCUGCACACAAACAGAAGGGCAGACGCUCGUUCAUCCUCUGAAUGCACACACGACGUCUGUGAGUGCGGACCUCACCUCUCAGCGCCACACAUGGCGGCUGUCCCGUGCCCAGAUCAGCAACCACCCCUGAAUGACGGACAACGCCGCGCAAUCCACGCAUCUCACGUCUGUCAUUCGCACCUGUUUUGCCCUCUGGCCCGUCAUGGACGUUCCUGCCCCACCCCUCGGUGUAAUCAAUCCCCAUCUGCACACACAGAGAGACCCAGACGCACUCACUUUGUUGAUCUGGAUUGUCAGCCGACCACCUCUGCGAGAGUCUUUUUGAUGUAGGCAGACGUCUUAUGCUCGGCGAACAUGAGCUCGGGGAUCUGAUGCAGGUGCCGCCGCCUGUCGAUGGUCCACUCAUGGAUGCCUUUCGCCUCGCCAAGCAGAUCUGCGAACGGCGGUGAUGAUCCAUGAGUCAGCAAGGCACCGGAAAACAGCACACUGACGCUGGCAGUGAGCAUGGCGACAAACGAAUCGUUGCG